AUGCUUAAAAUUGACAUUCUAGAUAUACUCGCGGAAGUCAUUGUGUGCAUGAUGAUGAUGAUCCCAUCAAGCUCGUCGCCCGUCCUAAACCACGACGCCAGCAAUCCCUCUAGUAGUACCAGUGCUUGGGGCGCAGGCGAUAUCCCCACGAGUGACGACGACGACGCCGUUGGGCUCUCCUCUAAGGACUCCAAUGGAUACACCGGGGAGAAUCCCUUUGACGCGGUCCCGCCCCAACCCUGGGGCUCCCUGCGACGUUACUGCCACACGAGCAGCUCCGCCGGCACACUUGACACGCCGUCCGCCACCUCGAAGACGGCGGGGCUCUGGAGCCAACCUCGUCUCUUGGCCUCCUCUCCACGGGAUCCCUCACGGACAAGUAGCGUGGGGUCCUCCUCCAGCCCGCAGCCCGGCCCCCUUGGUAGUCACAGGAUGCCGUCCCUCGUGUGGCCCUCUUUUGCAGGUUCGGAGGGGUUAUGGGGCCCUCCAAGCGGUGCCUCCCCCCCUACUGUGGAUGUGGAGCCCGCUGCAGGUGACUCAACCCACCUCCAAGGGGCCUUCAACCAGGGCAGCUUCUCGCCCUUCGUGGUGAGGGGCGGGGGUGACGGCGACGGGGGGUGGGAUGCGUGGGAAAUGAGCCAUGGCAGCGAGGCGGUGCUAUCAUGUGGCGGGGGAGGGGGGGGGUGGCCCCAGCUUGCGCGGAAGCCGUCCCUCACGCCCUCUCAGGGGGGCUCUUCGAGCGAGUUCGUAUCGCUUUUUAACAUACGGAGGGAGGUAAACUCCACGCUAAGCUUCGACGAGUGA